UUAUGGUUUAGGAAUCAACAUGUCUGCGUCCGUGGUGAGAGCGACCGUCCGAGCGGUCAGCAAAAGAAAGAUCCUGCCGACGAGAGCUGCUCUGACCCUGACCCCUGCCGCUGUGAACCAGAUCAGGUUGUUGUUGCAGCACAAACCGGAAUAUAUUGGUUUAAAAGUGGGAGUGAGAACACGUGGUUGUAACGGUCUCACCUACACUCUUGAAUACACCAAGGACAAGGAGAAAUCUGAUGAGGAGGUGAUCCAGGAUGGUGUUUGUGUUUUUAUAGAAAAGAAGGCUCAGCUGACACUUCUGGGAACUGAGAUGGAUUUUGUGGAGUCUAAGCUCUCUAGUGAAUUUGUCUUCAACAAUCCAAACAUUAAGGGCACUUGUGGCUGUGGAGAGAGCUUUAACAUAUGAUCAUAGUCAAUAUUCCCUGCCCGAGCACUUUCCUUCCACGCUUGUCACAUUUAAAGACUUCUGACCGCUGUAAGGAAAUUUGUAAGACUUGGAUGUGCCUACGUUUUUGCUACAGUUUGUUUCAGAUGCAGCCAUGAAUCUUUUUUUAACCACUCAGAUGCGAAUUUUUUUCAUUCCGGGACAUGCAGAAUCUUCAUUGGACCACUGCUGUCUCAUGCUGUCCUGGGUGAUUAUAUUUUAUACAUUUAUACCUAUAUAAAUUAUACAGACAUAUUAAAAACGGUGUCACAGAGGAUUCAAUAGAUGAUCCCUAAAACUCGUGAGAAAUCACCAAACCUUGUACCUACAGUAUGCAGACAUGGCUUUCUUAGAAAUGCUUUACCCGUGUGUAUAGACUAGAAAUCGUGUUUAUUUAUCAAUUUAUGUAAAUAUUUAAUGUUGAACCACAAAUUAAACGCUCAAAAAACACGCACAAAAACGUGAAUGCCUCUUACAGAAAACAGGUUUUUCUUGCUUUUCUCAACAUUGCAAUCGUAUAGUAUUUACUGUGUACUGGAGUUCACUAACUGUGCAAUAUGCCUGUAUACAUAUGAACGAGCCUACUAAUAAAGAACAAUGUUGAGUUA